CAGAUAGCUGCAGAAGAGCAAUUCUUUGAAGAAGUCGAAAUAUGUAUUUCGAUGGAAAACAAACAAGCUACUUUUCAAGUUUUCAAUUUUCGUUCGCUGCAUCAACCGUUGAGAUACGAAAUCGGAUUUUCCAGUCGUUUCCGAAAAUAAAACUAAUGUGCUGAUGCCUGUGUCCUGUGCUCCUUUAUCGUAUCAUGAUUUUGCGAAGAUCUGCGGCGAGGAAUGAAGAUUUCUACUGCACAAUUCGUUAGGAAACGUAGAAAUCAAGAAAGCUGCUUCAAAAUUGUUCGUUCGCGCCAUUUCAAUGGACCACUUGAUCAUUCCAUUGGCUGGUGAACAAUAAUAAUUAGUGGUUUUGGAACCCCUUGCAGAACAGAUAAUCGAACUUGAGCACCGUUUGGAAGUACGAUUUAACGUUGAUAUAUUCGAUCCAGUUUUCGAACACAACCAAUCGAAAAGCUUCUCUUCGAAGUAAACAAACACGGCCCGGAAGCGUGAUAAGAACGGAAUUAUCUAUUACGAAGUUCGAAAAUGAAAACUCGAGAAAAAAUUCGCGAUUAAUGAAAACUACGUACGUGUGAAAUUGAAUUCUCGAUUAUACGUGGAUGAAUUAGAAUGUAAAUAUGAAACACAUCAAGUUAAUGUUUCAUCGGACCAGCUUCGAUGAAGCUGAUCUUGUGAUAAAUCCUAAAGAUUUUCCCGAUCUAAAAGUUGGCGAUAUUGUGGAAAUUUACCAUCCCGAAGAUGAGCUUACCAGACUUCUGUUACAAGUUACCACCCUGAGAGAGGAUUUACAAGGCAAAGGAGUAAUCAGCGUUGAAACUAGUGUCGCUAACGCAUUUCAAUUGAAAAGCUAUACCGAAGUUGUUGUCAAGAAGGUUGAUUUCGAUUCGGUUGUUUUGGAUUCGGUUGAAUUGAUAUUCAAAGAUCAGUAUCUGGGCCGUAGUGAAAUGUGGCGUUUAAAGAAGCAAUUAGUCAAUUCUUGCGUUUAUUACAACAAGAAAUUCGAAUUUUAUAAUAAAGCUAUCCGAGCUCAAGUUUACGAAAUGUGGAGUCAAGGAGAACGUGUUGCCUGCGGUGUUAUAUCCGAAGAUACCAAACUUGUUUUUCGUUCAUCUACGAGCAUGGUGUAUUUAUUCUUGCAAAUGAGCUCGGAAAUGUGGGAAUUCGACGUUCACGGUGACCUGUACUUUGAAAAAGCUGUCAAUGGAUUUCUGUCGGAUUUAUUUCAAAAGUGGAAGAAAAAUAGCAGCAAUCACGAAGUUACCAUAGUUCUUUUUUCACGUGUAUACUACAAAGCUACAAAUCUCGAAGAGUUCCCCGAAUACACCAGAGAAUGCCUACAGAAAGACUUCAGAGGUCAUUUUUACGAAGAUUUCUACAGAGUUGCGGUCCAAAAUGAAAAAUACGAAGAUUGGACCGGAACUUUAGUUUUACUCCAAACUCUGUUCGCUGAUUAUCGAAAAACAGUCUUGGAAUAUCACAAAAAACCAGGAUACAAAGUUCCCAAUGCUUUUUUAUCGAGCGCUGCUCAUGGGAAUUUUCUAGAAGUCUUGAAUAUUUCGUUGAAUGUGUUCGAGAAGCAUUAUCUUGAAAGAAGUUUGGACCGAACGGGGCAGUUGGUUGUGGUUAUUUCGCCUGGAGUCGGUGUUUUCGAAGUUGAUCGUGAAUUGACUAAUGUUACCAAGCAGCGAAUUAUCGAUAAUGGUGUUGGUUGUGAUUUGGUUUGCGUUGGCGAGCAACCUUUGCAUGCUGUGCCUUUGUUUAAAUUUCAUAAUAAGGAUACGUCGAUUAUGAGAGACGAUUAUAGUAUGCCUCAUUGGAUCAAUCUGAGUUUUUACUCGUCUAAUAAGAAAUUACCAUACUCAACGUUCGUACCUCGAAUCAGAUUACCAUCUCGUCGAACAAAAUCGACCAGCUCGCAUAGUUCCUUAUUAUCUAUACCGAAACCUAAAUUACCAACUGAUGCGAUAGAAGAACCUAAUUUACUGGGUAACAUUUCCACUGCCGAUGUCGAUUUCGAUGCUUACGACUCUCAAGUUUUUACUUUACCUUCGUCUCAUAUUGCUAAAGUUCAGAAAUUAUUCACCAGGACGAAAAAACUGAGCUUGAACCAAGACAGCAAAUCAGUCAAGUGGAAAUUAUCCGACCCAGAUAUCUAUCGUUCGCAAAUAUCGUCUUCCUGCGGAACAUUAGGACUUACUAGAUCCACUUCCAUAGCUAUUUCGAGUACUCAAUCGAAUAGUAAUAUUUAUCCUAAUAAUUCGUUUGGUACUAUCGACUAUGAGAAAACCAGAAGCUCCGAUUUCUUCAUGGAGGAAGAACUAUCUCCUACGUUUCAAACCGUAAACAGCAGUACUGGGUCUUCAGCGUCGUCGGCUCCUUACGUAUCUCAUUCUAAUUCGCUGCAAACAAACUAUACGCAGAAUAUCAGCAAUGUUCCUGCUAUUUGUCCCGGAAGAGCUUUGAUUAAUCCGUUUGAUCCGUCUCAUGUCACUGUCAAAAUGACUUCGAAUCGGAGACGAUGGACUCACGUGUUCCCCAAAGGACCCACCGGAGUUGUCAUUCAACGUCAUCAUUACCAGUCUGAUAACUUCGAAGAUAAUGAUUUAAACAAGAAAAACAACGGAUUGGAAGAUCUAGAUGACGAUUGCAUGUUCGCUAGAUCUCCUCCCUCUACAGAAUGCCGAUCCCGCACUAAAUCUUCCACUCAUGUCGGUAGCCCCAACGGCAGCGUUUUACUGCCGAUGAAAAAAACCCAAACUUUAUUAUGGGGAGUGACCGGAGAACAAGAAUGGACUCCGGCUUUAACAACUGGCGUCGACUGGAAAUCUCUCAUCGUGCCUGCUUGUUUACCAAUCACAACUGAUUUUUUCCCCGAUGAAGUGUCUUUAAAAACAGACUACGUGUUCUCCGAUUAUAAUCUCUUGCCGGAUGACGUAAACGCUGAUUAUGCUCGAAAAAGAGCUAUUUAUCGGGAUCCUUUGAAGACCCCUGAGGUAUUUCGCGAAUUGAUAUCUCAACGUUUGGCUCAAGGAUUUCAACUAAUCGUCGAAUCGGAUAGUAGCGGAUCGACCAUAUUGAGUAAUACGUGUACUGUGGUACCUAGAGGUACUCAGAAUAUGGACGCUGUUGAAGAAUAUAAAUUAAGUAUUGGUAGAAUUUUCCACAAGAUAUCGUUGUGCAGAUCGGAAAUCAGGAUUACGCGGUAUAGACCAAGGCAUCCGUAUCCACCUUUUGUGAUCCAGUACAGAUAUCGGUUCCAGGCGCCGGAUCAUAACACAUAUGGUGUAUCUUGGGUGUCUUUUAAUGCUGAAAAACUGGAGAAUUUCAAUUGGAACUACCUGGAUCAUUACAUUUGCACCAGAGGCGAUACUGAUUUCCAAUUGGUCGAGUCUUGCAAAUACUGGCGAUUCCGAGUCUAUGCACUGCCAUCAGUUCAACCUGGAACGAAGAAAAUCCACGGCGGCUCGCCCAACUGCGAUGUAUACGAUCGUCUAACCCAAGAAGAAAAACGUGGAUUACUCGAAGGGUUCUUGAAAUUCAUAGAAUCUCCGGUAAACAAGAUAAAACGUAUGACGAUUCAAAAACAAGAACAAAAGGAUCACUUAACCAGUCAGCUUACACGUCGUCGUCACAGUACUGGUAUUGUGUUUCUCACACGUUUCCAGAUAGGAAAUAUGCACAAUUCACCGUUCCGUGAACGGCUAGGAAGUAUGAAUCGUGAAAAAGCUACGACUCGUCCAAGAUCCGGAUCCAAGGUUAUUGAAAGGCAGAAGAUAUCUCCUGCUCCGGAUGUCAUGUCACCGGUGACGGUUACUUUGGAUAAUGAUUGUAAUGAAGUUUUUGAGAGCAUUGAAAUAGCUCGUUUGAAAGAAAACGCAACCACUAUUGAAAUCGUAGAAAGGCUGAGCCAUCCAAUAUACGGAAUUGAAUUCUUAUCGAAGUACCCUAGUUUACCUAGUUUUACGUUCAUCAGCUACGAUGCGGUACAAUGGAUGAAAAACCGAGUCGAAGGAAUCACAUGUGAGACGGAAGCUGUCAAAAAAUUAGAGAAAAUGAGAGAAGAUAAAUUGAUUUGUCACGCUUCCGGAGACUUUGAUCAUCCGUUCAUAUUUGGCUUCUACCUUUACUAUAUCCCUUGCAGGGACGAAAACAAGCCCAAAGAUUAUAUCGAACCUAUCCGAGAUUUGGUUACUUUUAAGAACGAAUGGGCUGAAAUCGAAACGCUUCCAAUAUCACCGGCAGCUCCUACAGUUCCAGCCUUUUUAUUGGACGAAUUACCUGAUCCAAAUCAAGUGAUACCUACUUCGAUGCUUUGGUCUGUUCCAGCUUACAAACAAACACACUUGGAAGUAGAUAUUGGCAGUAAAAGUGAAAGAAUCGAAUGGGGUCAUGCUCGAUACCAUUCCGUGUAUUCGGUAGAUCAAGCUUUUGAGUUGGUCAUCGAGUGGGUGGCUGCUUCAGGAUCCAUUAUAUCGGAGUUGAUUUACAGUUUUAACAGAAAAGCCCAAAGUAACGGAUUACAUUUAAUUCCAGUCCCAGCGGAUCCUCAUGCUCUUCCAUAUUCGUUGAAGUCUGAUCCCCUCAGAGGGCCAGUUUUUGUUCCUCUGGAUAUCGAAUGCUUAAUGGAUAAUAAAAGUUACCUAUUUGAAGAAUAUCCCGAGGACUCGUGGCCUCGAAGAUUGCUCUUGCUCCAGGAAGAAAUCGCCAUCAAGUUUGGAUUCAUUUCGUGUAAAGGUGGCAAUGAAGCUACCCAUCACCAUAACCAAUACGUUCAUUUGACUGGUAAUGUUUUCUUGCUGAUUGCGACUCCAUCGAGCGAAUGCUCCAGUAGUCAAGAAUCGUCACCUCUGUUACACUCGAAAUCAGCCUCUUUGAAUAUGAAAAGCUUCAAGUCCAGGCUGGCCAUCGAAUCUAACGAGAUAGCUGUCAGUCCUCACCAAGAAUACAUUACCAGACACGUGACAGACCAUAGCAAAAAAUCUGAGAACAGGAUCGGGUAUUUGUGGUCAUGGAAUCAUAUGAUUGGUCGAAGAUGGAAAGGAACUAAUUUAGGUACGAACGAUGAAGCUUUUCAAGAUAAAUUACUCCAUGAUUUUCGACAAUUUUGUUCGAACGCUGAUGGUAGAUUGAAAACUUUCUGGAAAAAGUGUCACGAUUUGAAGACCGAUACGUGAUGUAUGGUUUUAACCUACUUUUGGUCGGUAGGUAGUGAUUUAAUUUUAUUAUCUAUUUUCUUUCGUGAAUUGUGAUCUUUCUUUAUUCAAUUAUUUAUUAUAAUGGAUUUUUAUUAGAAUGUUGUUUUACAAUUUUUUUUUUUUUUAUUGUAAUCUUUAGUAAAUGUUUUUCUGUCAAA